CAUGCGUAUUGUGCAUAUAGCAACCCGUAUUUAUUAGUCGUCGAGCCAGGUCGAAACACUGCUUUCAAAAUUUCUGUACAGCUGACACUGUCAUUUAAUAGUACAUUUGCGUUGGAAAAAGGACACCGGUGAUUAUAUAAUUAUGACGACGUACAGGGUAUGUACAUUCUCCUUUUUUCUUGAUACACAGCCUGGAGAUUCAAAGCGUGAGGAGUUCCGCAAGUAUCUGGAGAAGGCCGGAGUCUUAGAUGCUCUCACAAAGAUCUUGGUAGCCCUGUAUGAGGAGCCAGAGAAACCAAAUGAUGCACUAGACUUCCUGAAAGCUCACAUGGGACAGGGUGGACCAGACACGGCUGAUGUAGAAUCCUUGAGACUACAGGUCAGUGAACUCAUGCAGAAGGUAGAACGGCUACAGGACGAGAACAGGGAACUCAAGGCAAAGGUCCAGAUGGAAAAUCCCGAGGUUGAACCAAAUCCAGAGAACUGAACUGUUACUGGACCUACAUGAAGCGGUGAUAGACCCGGGAGGGGGUUGGGUGGGGUGAGGAUGGAGGAAGGGUGGGGGCUGGGUGGAUGUACAUAGGGAAAAGUUGUAGAGUUAUCAUGUGUUGCCUUUAAGAAUCGAGUCUUUGAUAUUUUAUGUGUGUGUUUUAUCAAGUAUACAGCCUUUAUAUGUUAUUCACCAACCCUUGACCGUUUCACAAGCAAGAUUGAGAAUCGUCUGUUAAUUACAGUCUAAUACCCAUGAUUGAUAUGACUAGUAAAAUGUCCUUUUUUCCUUCUCAAAUAUCAGAGCAGAUAUGUAAGUUCAUCACCAUUUAGAUAAAUGUUCUCCUGAAAUAUGUAUGGUGCCUAACUAUAUAUCCACAUCAUACCCAUAAUUCAUACAGAAUGUUUUUUUCGUAGAGGUGUCGUUGUCUAGUAGAAACGUCGCCGGACUGUGGAUCACAUGGUUCGCAGUUCCAGUCCUGCCGAGGCACUAAUGUCCUUUGGCAAGACAUUAAUCUGCAUUUGCGACUCUUGAAUUCUUGAAAUCCUUUUUUUUUUACAGUUUAACCAAAUUUACUUACAGUACUGUGACUACAGGUAAUUUAAAAUUUCUUAAUUAUUACACGAUACUGAUUUAUUACAGAAUACCUAUGACUUGAUUAUA